CUGAUUAAGAUAAUAACAAUUGAACUAAAAAUAAAUCUAAUAAAUAUUUAAUUAAACCGAACUAGUCAAACCAAAUCAAACCGGUCCGACAGGACCAGCGGACGCGGUCCAACCAGGCCAGGCGGACCGCGUCCGACCAGGCCAGGCGGACCGCGUCUGAUCUGGCCAGGCAGACCGCUUCCGCUCAGGCAGGCGGACGACGGCUAAGGGACGAAGAAAAAAAAAUACCUGGAGACGGCGGCGACGACUGGAACAGCGGCGAGGGCAAGCUUGGGAGGUCGGCGGCGGCGACAGCGAGCGAGGGAGACUAGAACAGCGACGGCGACGGGAGCUUGGGAGAGCGGCGGCGACGAGAGCUUGGGAGGUCGACACGACGAGAGGGAGCUUGGGCCUGGGCUUUGGAACAGCGGCGGCUUCUGGGCGGCGGUGGUUUGGGAGGUCGGCAGGUGGCCGACGUCGACAGGAGGGGGGGUGGGCGGCGGGCAGCAGGAGGUGAGGGGUUGGGAGGUGAAGGGUUGGAAUGGGGUAGAUAGGUUUAGGGUUUUAAAAUAGACCAGAGGCAAAAUCGUUAUUUUUUGUAACUAUGGGCGGCAAAUAACGAUUCAUUUAAAUCCAAAUUAUCGCAUUGUAUGGUUACGCUUCGUCCCGUGGUACGAAUGUUCGUCCGCAUAAACGGAAUUUUCCUUCAAUUUACUAAAAAAAAAGUAAAAAGAAAAUUCGUUCAGUCAGGGCUGCGUCCAUGGAUCGUCUUUGUAGCUAAAAGCCUAAGUCCUAAAGCCAUCGUAGGCCCAAACAAAGUAGCUCUGAGCCCAAUUGGCUAAUUUAAUGCUAAAGGUUACUGAUAUUGUUUAUUGGGCUCUUGCAAAAAGAAAAAAAAAUUGUUCAUUGGGCUUGUAUUAAUGGCUGCCAGUUGGUCUAGCAUCUUCACCGUCGAUGUCCGAUCAAACGGCCAAAAAAAACUUCAGUUAUUUUAUUACACACGAGAGGGAGGAGCGGCAGAUAAAUACACUGCAGAGGCAGAAAGGGAAGGAGAUAGAGGAAAGGGAGAAGAGAAGCCACUGUGACUCUCUCAACCAACAUUUCUCAAACUUAUAGAGAGAGAGAGGGUAAUAGGGAGAGACAGACACACAGAAAAACAACAAAUUUCUCAAACCUUAUUAGCCUUCAGAAUCCAGGAGGAGAAAAAGAAGUGGUCUGCCAUAGAAGGGAGGGCGAGAGGGAUUUCGAUUCAAGCUUCUCAAGAAACUACCGGUUUUCAUUCAACGAAACCGCUCUGGGAUUUCUCUUCUGCGGAGGGAGAGAAAUUCCGGUUUCUUCAUAAGAUUUCGGCUGCGCUCUUCCUUUUCUCGGAUUUGGUAAAUGGUGAGUUUGCUUUCUCCCUUUCUCUUCAUCUUCUUCCUUCCCCUUCUUCCUGUUUGUGAAACCUCGUUCUUCUCGGCCGAUCCUUUUUUGAUCGGAAGCCUGCUCUUCCUUCAGACCAAAAACAUUUCCACAGAUCUUGAGCUCCACGACCAAAUCCUCUUCAGAUUUCCACACCCAGUCAAAACCUCAGCUCUUGCACAGCCCAAAAAUGUCAAAAUUUCUCUGAUCUCUUCUGGGUGUCUGUAGUUCAACUCAAUUUCAACUCCCAUCCCUCCGUAAAACAAAAUCCCUCGGAUUCUCAUUUCAGCCGUACAGCUGGAUUCCGAUGUACCAGAAAUAGAAAAACCUCAAUUCUCGACCUGGGUUGUCUCAACCUUUGUCCAAUUUUCAUACCCACUGCUUCAGAUACUCCUAACACUCUUCCUUGUUUUUUGCUCUCUUUUGGGGCUUUUCCUUUGAAAUAACCAGAUACGAAUGGAGAAGAAGGAAGAGAAGAGCCAACAGAGAGGUUUUAAAGGAUUCGAACCAGAUUUACUGCUGCAGUGGGGGACCAAAAAGCGGCUGAGAUGCGUGAGAGUCAGAGGCCCUCAGCUCAUCUCCCAGAGAUCCAACGGCGGAUUCAACCGGAGAAUCACUUCCCGGAUCGAUAGAUUCGUCGUCUCCUCGCCAGAAAAAGAAAUCUCCCACCAUCUCCUUUCCAAUCGCAUUACAAGGAAUUCAGAUGCGGCGGGGGGUCGAUCGGCGGGGGUGAAUGAGAAGAGGAAAUUAGCGUCGUCGCCGGAGAAGGAGGACAGAUAUUACAGCACGAGAGGAUCUUCGGCGGCAGGAUUGGGGGUAGGUGGAGGAGCGGAGAAAGCCUGUUCUGCGGAGGUAAUAGAAGAGAGAGAAAGAGUGGUUUGGCCGAAGCUGUAUAUAAGCUUGUCAAGUAAAGAGAAAGAAGAAGACUUUAUGGCGAUGAAAGGUUGCAAGUUGCCUCAGAGACCCAAAAAGAGGUCCAAAAUCAUCCAAAGAACCGUUCUCGCAGUUUGCCCAGGAGCGUGGUUGACUGAUAUGUGCCAGGAGAGGUAUGAAGUUAGGGAGAAGAAGAGUUCCAAGAAGAGACCAACAGGGUUGAAAGCAAUGGGAAGUAUGGAGAGUGAUUCAGAAUGAUGAGGCAGAGGCAGAGGCGAUGGCUAUAUUAUAUCUCUGGAUUAUUUUUUUGGGUGGUAGUGAUGGUGGGAGGAGAUUUUUUGUUAAUUGUUAAAACUUGUCUUUUCAUUUUGGGGGAAUUUGGGAAAGGGUUGUCCCUUGAAAAGAAAAGGAAAGAGGAUGGAGUGGUGGGUUGGAGUUUGAUGACAUAGAGAGGGAGUGAGGGAGAGAAAGGUUAUUUCAUAUGUGUAAAGCCAAGUCCUCUCCCACUCUUGUUUCUGCCUUCAAUUCUUUCUUUUCUUCCUCUUCUGCUGCUGCUUCUUCUUCUUGUGCUUCUGCUGUACAGAAUCUCAAAAGGAGAAAAAAGAGGAGCCAAGAGGGAUCUGUAAUUUCAGUUGAAGAAUUUUGAGAUGAAUGAAGUCAGUUUUUCUCGACAGCUCUCUCUCUCUCUCUCUCUCUCUUGCUUUUCUGGCCAUGCAUCGUCUCUUUAUCCUUCCCAAGAAUUCCUCUUUUGUAUCUUUCUAAACGAGAUGAGUGUAAUGAAUUUUUUCCUGAUCCGAACAUCGAGCAAGCUCGACUCAUUUGCAUCUCUACUCGUAGUAGGUCUGAAGCCUCUCCUCGAAACACUGACCCUCUUCCCUCCUUAUCAUCAACCCAACCGUCCUGGGCUCGGUUCUUGCCCAACCCGACGAUUGAUGAAUAAAAAGUGUUGUUUCGUACUUUCGGUGAGUGGAUGGUUCUUGCCCAACUUGGCGAUUGAUGAAUAAAAAGUGCCCAACCGUCCUGGGCUCGGUUCUUGCCCAACCCGAUGAUUGAUGAAUAAAAAGUGUUGUUUCGUACUUUCGGUGAGUGGAUGGUUCUUGCCCAACUCGGCGAUUGAUGAAUAAAAAGUGUUGUUUCGU